AUGCCGCGUAAUUGUUUAUUGGCGUCCUACACGGUAGCCUCGAAAGCGGCAGUAUCGCACUUUGAAUUCAGCGACGCUGCUGCGUUCGGUUUCACGCUUAGUUCUAUUGUGCCAUGGAAAAAGUCUGCUUUUUUCGAUCCUAUUCUGUUUGACAAUUUUUCAUUUCGUUCGUUUCGCUUCGCUUCCUCUGCCUCCCUCUACUACCGUGGGAACACGGAUCGGGCUCCUGCAUGCAAACUGAGCUACCACAAUGUACCACGUGGAUUGAGAUGCCCUGUCGUCUUUUUUCGAAUCACCAACCGUUACAACCCAUUCAAGCUUGUCACCGAGUCUUUUUCGUCCACCUUCUCUUCCAGCUACGUCGCUCUGACAAAAAGCGGACAGUUCAAUCUACAUUUAGACUCGGAUCCUUCGGUGAUGUCCACCCAGUUGGUCGGAAUCUGGGUUUCCGGGAUGACUUCUGUGAUGGAUCCACGUGUCUGGGCAGUCUGUCUUCGCUUUCUACUCAGUCAACAGUGCUCACAAUGUCGGCCCAUGGAUUCAACCGUAUUGUCUUCAGACACGUCCAUGUUCCUCGUGUUUUACGGAGCUGUGGCUGACCGACCCUCAUGCUUUGAAGUAGACUGGGUCAACCUUGGUCCUGACGGAGUCGCCACCGCUAACGCUGAGAUCUCGAACGAUCGGAUAGAAAAACUCUUACAAUUCAACGUGUACACCGGUUCCGAAAAGAUACUUCAUUCGCCAUUUUCGACCCCCGGCAACGCCAAAGAUCACGUUCUUCUCAUGAAUAUUGCGCCUGCUGGAGGGUACUCGCUGAGCGUACCUAGCCGAGUCACAGAGCACCACACCCCGUCACAUACCAGACCAGACACAAAUGAAACGAUUCCAAAACGACCCACGGAGCACAAUUCUACACUGUUGUCUGAAAGACACGAAAGUCAACCACAACCAAGUGUGAGCGAUUACCUUUCCUUUGUCCCAGAAUUCAACGUUCCAGAUGCUUCUCUGUUGCUAGAAGAAGGUGUUACUAUUUCCGAUGUCCAGCCGAAUGGCUUAUCUGCGAACUUGUGGACUUCCUUUCCGGCGGAUGUAUCGAAGCUUGACACGCCUGCUGUGGACUCGCUGGCCUCAGAUUCCGUUCCCAGACCUCUGCCUAGCUCACAAGCUUUGGCUGUUCACGACAAAGUUGUGCACCCAAUGGUACACAGAAAGAGCUUUUAUACAAUUGAUGAACACGACGUCUCCGGUACCUAUGAUCCAGUUCGAUACAAAGAAGUGUCUGAGAGCUCAUCCAUUGCUGCCUCUCAUCCAUCCUGUUCCUCAGCGAACUCCCCCGCUCCCAACCAGCCUGCCUCAGGCGCAACUAAUUCCAAAUCUCCGGAACACAAUCGCUCCGCGAUCCAUACCAUUUUGGCCUCUCUUCCUGCUUCCCAAUUGAAACGCUUAGAAAAGAUGAUCAGUGGCUUGUUGGAUAAGAAGGGCCAGAGCAAGUCAGUACCACUUUCGUCAGCUAAGUCCAACGGGAUAGUCUGUGGAGAAUCCUCUAGCAUUCAUCCAAGCCAUUUGGUAGAUGCGGCAGUGAACACAAGUAAAGUAUUUGCAGGUGAUCCAGCUCUCUCUUCACACGGUCGACAGCAGCGAUUCACUGAUGACCAAACUUGUAUUCGCUCAAAUUCCAAGCGUUCUGACGACCAACCACACAUUCGUCCAUUACCAACGGCUCCUUCAGCAGGAAGCAACUGCAGCCACGCUUCGGUUUCCACACGUUCCCUGCGCGUAGUUUCAAGCUCCAUUGAGGAGAAUAAACAGCCUCCUCGGCCUAUUCGAACUCUCGCGGAGCUUCGACCUAUGUUGCGGUUGCAGUCGAACACAAAUGCCCACUCGUCACCAUCGCUGAAUUCCCGCGACCCUGAGGCUGACAAGUACUCCAUGCUACUGGCAAACAUCAAAUGUGUUCUUGAUCGUCAUUCGAGUGGGACGUCUCCUGUGUCUAAGUCUGCGUCUGUCGCUGGGACACGUGCAACCACCGCUAUCCACACUGAGAGACCGCCUCCGCAAGCCAUAGUGACCGAAUGGGGCGAUAGUGUGUGUGACUAUCCACUGCAUCGGUUUCCUCUGCUUAAUUCACAUCACACCGCUAAUCCACUGGCUCAUUCGAGGAGUUGCCAAUCGCUUCCUUCCGAACCACUAGGAAGCAUUACCCAUCGGUCGUCCGCACGCGAUCGUGUGACGGGUUGGUUACACGCUGGCACUAGCAUCGAGAGUGUUGUGCAGAGAGGAACACGUGCGUACGAAGAACACGAGAGCACGCAGCUGUCCGAUGAGACAUUGAUCAGUCGACUGCUGUUCCCAACCCCUUGUGGACAGAAAUG